AUGACCGUCAUCCAACAAAAACCCCAAAACCUCGCUAUCCACACCAACCCCAACCAUGACUUGCGGGUAGUGGAAUGCGAAAUCCCCAAGCUCCGCCCCGACGAGUGCCUGGUGCACGUUCGCGCGACGGGAAUCUGCGGUUCUGACGUUCACUUCUGGAAGCAUGGACACAUCGGGCCUAUGAUCGUGACUGAUGAUAAUGGAUUGGGGCAUGAAAGCGCCGGUGUGGUUUUGCAGGUUGGUGAAGAAGUGACUCGUUUCAAGCCAGGCGAUCGCGUGGCAAUGGAAUGCGGCGUCCCAUGCUCAAAACCAACCUGCAACUUCUGCCGCACAGGCUGCUACCACGCCUGUCCCGAUGUCGUCUUCUUCUCAACACCCCCACACCACGGUACUCUGCGCCGGUACCACGCCCACCCGGAGGCCUGGCUGCACCGCAUCCCCGACCACAUCACCUUCGAGGAGGGUGCUCUUUUGGAGCCUUUGACUGUCGCACUUGCCGGAAUUGAUCGCUCGGGACUCCGACUUGCAGACCCUGUGGUUAUCUGCGGUGCUGGGCCUAUUGGUCUUGUUACUUUGUUGGCUGCGAACGCUGCCGGCGCGGCGCCAAUUGUCAUCACAGAUAUUGAUCAGAACCGUCUUGCUAAGGCUAAGGAGUUGGUGCCGCGUGUGCAACCGGUCGCCGUGGGCAAGGGGGAGAGUUCGCAAGAACUUGGUCAGCGAAUUAUCAAGGAGCUCGGACAGGAGGCGAAGCUUGUAUUGGAAUGCACUGGUGUUGAGAGUAGUGUGCAUGCUGGUAUUUAUGCAACCCGCUUCGGAGGCACAGUCUUCGUCAUCGGCGUCGGAAAGGACUUCCAGAAUAUCCCCUUCAUGCACAUGUCUGCCAAGGAGAUUGAUCUGAAGUUCCAGUACCGCUACCACGACAUCUAUCCCAAGUCGAUUGCUUUGGCGGCUGCGGGGAUUAUUGAUCUUAAGCCGUUAGUGUCUCAUCGGUUCAAGUUGGAGGAUGGGCUGAAGGCGUUUGACACGGCGAGUAACCCUGGGUCUGGGGCAAUUAAGGUGCAGAUUUUGGAUGAUUAG